CACCUGCUCCUGUCCCGCCCGCUACCAGGGGGCAUGUCCUGUGUGAAGCCGCGCUCCGCCCGCUCACAGCCCCUUCACAGCCUUAUCUCCGCCUGGGUGACAGCAGCGGGCACGACUGCAGCUGCCCAAGUGACCUUGCCCACAGCUCGGCUGGCAGGAGGGGAAGCCCCGCUCCGGUCCCUCCGCUAGUUCUCCUCCAUUCAGCCUGCAGCAUGACUGCAGCAUGGGCAGCGCUCGUCACCCUGUGCCAUCUCCUGUCCGGGGGCAUGGUCAGCGGCUUCAAUCUGGAUGUCACACACACCCUGGUGAAGGAUGGGGACAACGACACCCUAUUUGGAUUUUCUGUAGCCCUGCACAAGCAGCUGAGACCGGAACCCAUAAACUGGAUUUUGGUUGGAGCUCCACGGGCAUCGGCAUUACCAAACCAGUUUUCGAAUAGAACAGGUGGGCUUUAUGGAUGUCCGCUGACUGCAGAGGCCAGAGACUGUGAACGGAUUGACAUUGAUGAUGAAGUUGAUCAGAAUCGGGAGAGUAAGGAAAACCAGUGGCUUGGAGUCACAGUAAAAAGCCAAGGUCCUGGGGGGAAGAUUGUGACUUGUGCCCAUCUCUACGAGUCCCGUCAAAGAGUGGAACAGCCCUCAGAAACAAGAGAUGUGAUUGGUCGCUGCUUUGUACUGAGUGAAGAUCUGACUGUCAGUGAUGAUCUGGAUGGAGGGGAAUGGAAGUUCUGUGAAGGUCGCCCACAAGGCCAUGAGAUGUUUGGGUUCUGCCAACAAGGGAUGUCAGCUGGAUUCACCUCAGACAACCAUUAUAUCAUGUUUGGGGCACCUGGAACCUACAACUGGAAAGGUGAGCUGCGGGUGGAGCUCUUUAAUCAAACCGUUCUGGAGCUUGGUACUUACGAUGAUGGGCCUUAUGAAGUUGCUGGGGAAAACAGCCAGAAACCCGAAUUGAUCCCUCUGCCAUCCCACAGUUAUCUUGGUUUCUCAGUGGACUCGGGGUGGGGGGUGACAGGGCGUAACAAGCUGAGUUUUGUAAGCGGAGCCCCCCGGGCCAAUCACACAGGUGCUGUGGUUAUUCUGCGUCGGGAUGGGGGAAGCCAACUUGUUCCAGAACUGACUCUAUGGGGAGAGACGCUGGCCUCAUCCUUUGGGUACUCUGUACUGAUGGAGGAUCUAAAUAGUGAUAGUUGGACAGAUCUGUUGGUGGGAGCCCCUAAUUUCUUCUCACGCAAGGAGGAGAUUGGUGGAGCUGUCUAUGUGUACAUGAAUAAAGGUGGAAGACUGGACAGCUCUCCUCCGAUUCGGCUGAAUGGAACUGAUGGAUCCAUGUUUGGAUUAACCAUAGAGAGUUUGGGAGACAUCAACCAAGAUGGAUUUAAAGACAUUGCAGUUGGAGCACCAUUUGAUGGAAAUGGGAAGGUCUAUAUAUACCAUGGAAGCAAAACAGGAUUAGUGACCAAACCAGCACAGGUGCUGGAUGGAGUUAGUGUUGGUGUAAGUACCUUUGGCUACUCACUGUCUGGAGGUCUAGACAUGGAUGGAAACUCAUAUCCGGACCUUGUUGUGGGAUCUUUAGCAGACACUGUGGUCCUCUACAGGUCACGUAAUGUUAUCCGUGUCUUUAAAGAUGUAACCAUAACACCAGAAAACAUUGAUCUUGAACAGCAAACCUGCAAGAAUGGACCUGGGGUCUGUGUGGAAUUUAGAGUUUGCUUCAGCUACACCUCAUUUCCAGCAACCUACAACCCUAAAAUCAUUUUAAAGUGUGUAUUUGAAGCUGAGACAGACAGAAGACAGCAAGGCAAGGCCAGUCGCCUACAAUUCAUAUCGCGACACCCCAGCGAUGUAGAAUACCAGUCCACCAGCACUGUGGAGCUUCACAAGCAGUCCUCUAGCCGCUGCACUACUGCUGUAUUCCAACUACAGGAGGAUAUUAAAGACAAGCUUCGUUCCAUCCCAGUCUCUCUGACCUACAAUAUAUUAGAAGCAAGGAACAGAAGACAGUCUUCAGUGGAAUCCUUGCCUUCUCUAAUGCCUAUUCUCAGUGAAGAAGAGCCCAAUGUCUACAACACAGAGGUACACUUCAUAAGAGAAGGAUGUGGAGAAGACAAAAUCUGUCAAAGUAACCUGCAGCUGAAUUACACUUUCUACUCUCGUGUAGGCAAAGUUGACCAGUUUGUACCACUGCCUGUAGAGAACAGUACUCCGGUGUUUUCACUGACCGACCAGAUUUACGUGGUGCUGAAGAUCACAGUUAAUAAUUUUCCAUCAGACCCACUUCUUCCACACCUUGAUGGAGAUGAUGCUCAUGCGGCUCAGCUCAUUGCCACCUUCCCUGAAACCAUGUCCUACUCAGGUGUUCGUCCGGCAGGUUUAGCCAUGGACAAGUCGGUGUUUUGCCUUUCCAAUUAUAACGCAUCCCAAGCAAUAUGUGAACUUGGCAACCCUUUGAAGAGAAAUGCUGAGGUAACUUUCUACAUGGUUAUCAGCACCCAAGGAAUAACUCUAGAGACCACGGAGUUGGAAGUGAAGCUAGAGCUGGCUACGAUAAGUGAGCAGAAAAACCUUACUUCUGUCUUUGCCAAAGCCAAAGUGAUUAUUGAACUUCCUCUGUCUGUCUCCGGGGAGGCCACGCCUAACAGAUUGUAUUAUAGUGGGGAGGUAAAGGGCGAGUCUGUAAUGGGAAACGAGGAAGAUGUUGGCAGCCCCGUGGACAUUAAAGUGACUGUAUCAAACAGAGGAAAGUCCUUACGCACGCUGGGUUCUGCAUACCUAAACCUUAUGUGGCCACAUGAAAUGGCCAAUGGAAAAUGGCUGCUGUACCCAAUGAAGAUUCAGUUGAAAGAGAAAGAUCAGUCAGGCCGCAGCCUGGAGUGUAGCCCCAUAAAUGCAAUCAACCCCCUCAGACUGGAUACAGUAAGAUCAGAUUCAAGUUCAUUGAUACCCACUGCAAGUCCGCGUUCUGCAAGGCGAUGGUCGCUGACGUAUCCUGCCAAAAAGAAGGAUGUUGUUCUGGACUGUGAACGAGGAACUGCACAAUGUGUAGUAUUUAGAUGUCCACUAUACAGCUUUGACCAGCAGGUGGUGCUCAACGUCCACGGACGGGUUUGGAAUAGCAGCUUCUUAGAGGAUUAUCCAUCUGGAAGUAACAUAGAAGUGGUGAUCAGGGCAAACAUUACUGUCAAGUCUAGUAUUAAAAACCUGGUGCUAAGAGAUGCUACAACACAGAUUUCCAUGAUGCUGUAUUCAGAUCUCGAUGUUGUGGUUCACGGAGGCAUUCCCUGGUGGAUUAUCCUUAUUGCAGUUCUGGCUGGCAUUCUGCUCCUCUUACUGCUGGUUUUAAUCCUCUGGAAGUGUGGGUUUUUUAAGAGAAAGAAUUACCAGGAUGAGAAGCUCCCACAAUACCAUGCUGUGAAAAUUCCCCGGGAAGAGCGACCCAUGGUCCUAGAGGAGAAGACAGGGACCAUUAAAAAGAAAGACUGGGUGACAAAUUGGACUGAAGAUGGGUCUAUAAACAACGUUUCAUAACAUUUUCUGCCAUCUUUCUUCUGGGACCCUUCCUGUGAACUAUUCAUGUACUAGGAAGGCUGGAUCCUUUAGUUUUGGGUGGUUUCUUAUAUAUUUGGUUUUAUGCUGUUUUGUAUAUAGAGAACCUAUGUGGAGACAUCUCUGCUGCUUACAUUGUUAAGCUCUGUCAGACAGUCACAUCUGUGGCGUCAGCACAUUACAGCCUAUGGAGUGAAAUCGAGGAAAAUACGUCACAUUGUAAAGCCACAGACGAAAAUGAAAAGUGGAUAUGGAGAUCAGCGUGGAUAUAUUCUUUCCUGCAGUCAUUGUCACUGAUACUGUAGCAUCACUGGUUGCCCUGGAGACUUUCAGGAUUGUACAGAUGAAUAGCCAGACAUUUAUAUAAAGGAGACUGUACAAUACAUUACAAUACUUGACACUAUGUAUAUAUGUGAGAGAGUGAAUAUUAGCUUAUAGCACACCCGGCCUGGACAGCAACUUAUAUAGCAUUUCACGUCCGAAUGAAUUGACCCUAAUGAAAGCUCGCCAGCUGCAGAGACUGGUCACGGGAAUGAGAGCUGGUAUUACUGCGUAUUACUGAGUGCCGACAGUGCAGUGCAAAUUGGUAGCUCAUAUGAAUUCGGGCAAUAUACAGUAUCUGCUAUCUAUAAUGGUACGAUUGCUGACCUAGUAAAAAAAAAAUAUAUAUAUAUAUACGAGUAAGUUUAUCAGAUCAAUGGUCUUCAGCCUGUGCGUCUCCAUUUGCUAUGGAAGUUUACCUGGGUGUUGUAGUACUACAACAGCUAGAGAGGAACAACUUGAAAACGCUGAUCUAUAUCGUUCAUGAAAUCCUACUAAUUAUUAUUAUUAUUUAUGGCAGCAGGAAAUUUUUGCAUUCUUAAAAAAAUCUAUAUCCUAAUCACUGAUUAUUUAAUAUAUCACUAUUGAUGCAUAAUGUUUGAUUUGAUUGUAUGUACUGCUAUACUAAGGACCAACAUUGAUGGCUGAUGGACUCUAGGACGUGUCUGUGGAGCAAAAGAUCCGCCUGCCAGCCAUUGAUGGAGUACAGUUCUGUGUAUUAACAUAUUUCAGCUUGUUUCUGUUACUGUAGUAAUGGACUCACAUUUUAUGUUUGCGCUGUCAUGUGUCACAAAAUAGCCUUUACUCCUCUAUACUACACUUUCAUCUCUUCUACAAAUAGCAUUCAUUACCGCACGCCUUCAUUAGAAGGGGGAUACAGAGCUGUGGUGGUUCAAACAGUUUGGGGGAGAUUUAUCAAAACUGGUGUGAAGGAACACUGGCUUAGUUACCCAAAGUAACCAAUUCAGAUUCCACCUUUCAUUUUUCAACUCUUCUGUGGAAAAUGAAAGGUGGAAUCUGAUUGGUUGCUUUUGGUAACUAAGCCAGCUUUCCUUUAUAGCAGUUUUUUGUUAAAUCUCUUCCAUUAUGUGACAUGGAAAUGAUAGCAGAAACGUAUUGUUUUGUGCAUUCAAUAGGUUUAUGUUAUCACUGAUGGAACAUGCGCUCCUGUUACAGAGCCUAUCUAAGUUCUCCCCAAGAAUGAAUGAUAACAGAAUUUGUAGACAAAUGGAUGUCUGUAUUAUAUGACACCAUGCACAGCAAAGCCUCAUUCACACGUUUCACGGACGUGUGCGGUACGUGUUCUCCACGGACAGCUCACGUCCUCAUUCAUUUUAAUGUGUGCAUUCAGACAUCAGUGUUUUAGCACGGUCCGUGGGUCAGUGU